AUGGAAUAUAGGAUUCUUAAUCUUAUUGUUUCCAUCGUACUACUGUUAGUGUGGGCGUUAUUAAGGGUUUACGAUUGUGAGGUUCCCAUCCGCUAUCUCGAUAUAAACGUUUUCCGGGAAGCGGUUGCUUCUCAGGAACAAUGUCCAUUCCGAGUUUUACCGAAACUCGAUGGUUUCGAUUUUGAGGGUCUGAAAGUUGAGACUGGGGUCGACGGGUUCAAGUUUUUUUGGUUCGAGAAGAUCAAGGAACUACUUCGACAAUGGGGAACGAAGGAAGGAGUCGAUUACUUUUUGAAAACGCAAGUAUCUGUCGGGCAUCUGUAUGAAGAAGUUAUUCUAUGUGAAAACUUCUGGGUAACUCUAGGUGUUCUGGGAGUCGUGAAUAUGGUUGCCUUAUUAGUUCUGAUAGACCCUAAUCUUAACUUCACUGAGAACGACACGUUCCAAACAUAUGAGAGGCACGCGUGGCAAACAUCAAUAAGAAAGUUUGUUCUCUCACGCUUUGUAGUCGUAGCUUUCGUGAUCAUUAGAGAUCAGGCUUCUGUACAGCGUGAACGGUACAUGGGCAAGGUCUAUUUCCAGGCCUACCAGUUGAGGGUAACCGAUUCAACAAUCUUCACCAUUUGGUACUGCAUUCUGUGGUCCAUCGGUGUUGUAACUGGAUAUGUCUCGAGGCGCUUCGAAUGGGCUGUACUGUAUCGUCGUAAGAAGACCCCAAGAAGUGUUUUCAAAAAGCUGUGCAUCGUUAUGGCAGCAUGUAUGAUAUCGGCUGGUUCCGCUAUAUUCGUAUGUAUUGUGAGUGCCGGUCUCUUACAUCCUAUUUACUCCGUGUUGUUAAUGUUAGAGACAUUCAAUGUAUUUAUUAAAACCUUGUUUGGAAGUGUAGUCAUUGGAGCCUUCUUGCAUAAUGACAAGCUUGUUGAUGGGCUAUCCUUGGACGCGGGUAGAUACCUAAUGUGUAACCUAACAAGCUUUGUUGUGGCCGUUAUUUAUGGAAUGUAUAUAUUUAUUGGAUCAAUACUAAAUGGGAAGUUGCUUCCUCUCACUCUUAUCCCUUGUCUAACCCGGUAUGUGGCUUAUAUCUCCAUAUCUCUCUCGAAGGGUCGUGAAGCUCAUAAAACAGAUUUAAUAGUAGAAUAA